GCAAAAGAUAAAGAUCAAGCAAAAGUAAAACGUACGUAAGGAGGCAGUACUUAAAUUGCCAUAUGUUGAGCCAGAAGGGGGCAAUGUUGAGUCGCAGCCGUUUUGUGGUUCAAGUAUCGCUCAAACUGAAACGAAGAAGACAAUAAACAAAUAUGGCGGAUAGGCUCACGCAGCUACAAGAUGCCGUCAAUUCGCUUGCAGACCAGUUUUGUAACGCUAUCGGGGUGCUUCAACAGUGUGCGCCGCCUGCCUCCUUCAGUAAUAUUCAGACGUCGAUAAACAACGAUCAGCCUGCAAACCAAACUGAAGAAUAUGCUCAGCUGUUUGCGGCCCUGAUUGCCCGAACAGCCAAAGAUGUGGACAUACUCAUCGACUCUUUGCCAAGUGAGGAGUCCACGGCGGCUCUGCAGGCGGCUAGUCUGCGGCAGCUAGAAGAGGAGAACUAUGAGGCAGCAGCCCGUCUGAGAGAGGUGGUCACCCGGGGCGACAUGCUGCUGGAGAAGAUCCAGAGUGCCCUGGCGGACAUAGCUCAGUCUCAGCUCCGCACCCGCAAUGGAGCUCCCAGCCAGUCUUUGCCGGCCGAAUCCUGACAGCCCAAUAGGACACAUUACUUGACCUUCACUCUGCUGCAACAUGCUGGAUCUGUCUGUCUGGUCAAAAGCCAUAUUUGAUGAUGUUAGACAUACUAAAAUGUGGAAAAAUGAAAUGGGGAAAAAAAACUACAUUUCUACAUUUACAUGUCUCUUGGUAAACAGGUCGGUUUUGUAUGUUUUGUCUAUGUUGUAUAUUGAUUUUUGUAAAUAUUUAUAAGGGACUGCAGGCUGAUGUAUAAAGUAACUUGACCAGCUCAGCCCAAUUUCAAAUCCAAUGCGACUUUUUCCUUUGUUAAAUAAAGCUUGAAUAAACAGUU